CUGCGGGCCGUGACCGCCCGUGAUGUGCUUUCCGGCCUCUGUCAUAUUCUGAGUUUCCACCUGCCCGCCCCCUCGCUUAUAAUGCAGAACACGUGAAGUCGGGGCACUCGUCUCCCUCCCUCCACCAGCGGACAGAGCGUCAUGCUGUUUCUCCUGUUUUCCACAGUUCACCGGAGGUAAAAGAACUCUGGCUGGAGGUCCCCCGAGGAACCAAAGCCACCCAGGAGUGGAAUUCAUCACUGGACAGGCAGCCCAAACUCUAAUGAAGUUGAUAAGCAGCUGCAAUGCUUCAAAGACACUAAAUGCCAAUAAUAUGGAUACAUUAAUCGAGUGUCGAUCAGAGGAUGAUAUCAAGGAACAUCCUCUGUUGGUAUCAUGUGAGAGUGAAGAUAGUAUUUGUCAGCUAAUUGAAAGUAAGAAGAGAAAGAAGGUGCUGUCCUGGCCCUUUCUCAUGAGAAAGCUUUCUGCUGCAUCAGAUUUUUCUGGGGCUUCUGAGACAGAAUUGAAAGCAUCACUAUUUGAUCAGCCCUUGUCAAUUAUCUGUGGAGAAGAUGAUAAACUCCCCAGACCCAUCCAGGACAUUCUCACUAUUCUAUGCCUUAAAGGCCCUUCCACUGAAGGGAUAUUCAGGAAGGCAGCCAAUGAGAAAGCCCGCAAAGAGCUUAAGGAGGAGCUCAAUUCAGGAGGCAUGGUGGAUCUGAAAAGUCUCCCUGUGCACCUGCUGGCUGUGGUCUUUAAGGACUUCCUCAGAGGUAUCCCACUGAAGCUACUGUCAUGUGACCUGUUUGAGGAGUGGAUGGGCGCCCUGGAGAAGCAGGACGAGGAAGACAGGAUUGAGGCCCUGAAACAGGUUGCAGAUAAGCUCCCCAGGCCUAACCUCCUGCUGCUCAAGCACCUGGUCUCCGUGCUCCACCUGAUCAGCAAGAACUCUGACAUAAGCAGAAUGGACGCCAGCAAUCUAGCUAUCUGUGUCGGACCCAACAUGCUGACCUGGGAGAACAACCAAAGCCUGUCAUUCGAAGCCCAGAAAGACUUGAACAAUAAGGUUAAGACUUUGGUGGAAUUCCUCAUCGAUAACUGCUUUGAAAUAUUUGGGAACAUUCCAGCACAUUCCAAUAUCGCUUCUGAUGACUCCCUGGAACACACAGACAGUUCAGACGUGUCAACCCUGCAGAAUGACUCAGCCUACGACAGCAAUGACCCUGAUGUGGAACCCAGCAGUGCAACCGGCUCUCCAAGCAGGCGGCCCCCGGCGCCCAUGGAGACGGCCGCUGGCCUGGGGUCCGGAGGCCCGCAGCCGAGCUGGGAGUUAUGCCAGGAGCCCAUCGUCAGCACUGUGGCCAGGAUGCGAAGCUUCCUCAGCCAGCCAGACAGGAGGUACUCUGAGCCCAGCAUGUCAUCCUCACAGGAGAGCCUCGAAAGCCGGAAAACAAACCCAAAACUGACUCGAAGUGAGGAUGACGUCACCGUGGCCCGAGCAGGCUCUCGUUCUGAAGGUGACGAAGCUGAAGACCCGUUUGCAGAGGAGGUGUUUCCUGUAGUUGGAGACAAACUCCAGAGGCCACAGGACCUGAAGGUGCAGAACUCGCCCCAGGGUUUGGUGCAAUGGUGGGGACGGGCCCCCAAAGCCCUCUCCCGUGGCUCUCUGGAUGCUUCCUCCGACAGCUCACCCACGGCCUCCCCAUCCAGUCCUGAAAGAAAUUUCUUCACCAGACAUCAGUCUUUCACAAAGCCUGACAAAAGUAAGCCCAACAGAGAAAUAAAAAAACACUCCAUGUCAUUCUCCUUUGCCUCUCACAGAAAAGUGCUCCCCCAAACCCCCAGCUUUGUGUCUGCAAAAUCCAAAGACUAUUCCAGAAACCAAGUGAAGAAAGGUUCUAAAAAAGAAAGCCAGCUUGCUGGGCGGAUCGUCCAGGAAGACUUGCCUGCAAUCCCCGGCCAAAGAGCUCUGGACUUCAGCUCGAGAUGCUGCAUGCUCUCCGUCGACGACGUGUUCCAGCCAGUUGGCCAGAGAGGCCCUGGGAGCCCGCCGUCCUACCAGGAGGCCAUGCGCUGCCGGGCGUCAGAACUCGCUGCCUACGGGAGCCAAACGGUGGGCAGCAUGAGGGCCAGAAUGCUCAGCCGGGACACUGGGCUGCCACCCCUCCUGCCUUUUCGCCAUGGAGGCGGCUCAAGGAAUACAUGCAGCCAAGAGCCACUUGAUGGACCCAGACUCUCGCCAGGGAUGGAGAGCUGGAAACAAAGCAGGACUGGCUGUACUCCGGCGGUAACAUCAGCGCAAGGGACUGUCACAGGGAGAUCAGAGCUGCACCGGCUAAGGACCAUGUCUGAGUCAAAACAGGAGACUAAGUGGGCCCACCUGGUGCAGAGAUGUAGUCAGCCAGUGUUUGAGGCUGACCAACUCCAGUACGCGAAAGAAUCCUACAUUUAGGAAGGCGGGCCUGACACCUUGACACAGCCGCGGUAUCUCUGUAAACGCAUGACUGCUUUUAGACUCUGUUUUCAAAAAAGUCAAGAAUAAGCUGCAUUAGAAGUUGGGGAGAGCCCUCCUCAGAGGGGACAGCUACACAGUGGCAUUCAGGCAGCUUCUGUGUGUACCUGAAUUUGUGCCCAUGUAGCAAAUGUAUAAAGUGUGUAAAACAAAGCAUUUGUUUGGUGGGAAGAUGCCUCCAUCAAUACGUGUAUAAUUGGUGAACUUGAGGUAAGCUGAGCUGCUGUUCCCUGCCUCCUGUGGCACUUCCUGUUGGUUAGUGUUUAAAAAUAAUUUUUUCUUUUUUUUAUGUUGCCUUAAAUGUCAUACCAGUUUUCAUAUUUCCUGCAAAUUCCUUUUAGGGGAAAAUGUUCAAGUCCCUGUUUGAAGUUUACUCUAACAAGCAGCUUCAUGACAGCCAGUCUCCACAGAAAGAAAGAAGCAGGCUGCCAGGAAGACAGUUUGGGGUUUGGUGUUAUCAAAGGCAUUAUAAAUUCCAGUAAAAGAAAAGGCCGUUGUCAAGAUUUGUGAAAAAUACUUAUAUAUGUCCUUUUCAUCAUCUAAUUUUAAAUUUGGGUAGAUUAGUGAAAAUGCAUUACAUCAAUAUUAACUGAUUUAUAGCACUUUGAGUUAAUUUGUAGUUCAAUGAUGUCUUCUCCAAUAGUGUGGAGAAUAUCACUUUAAAUGUGUUGGGGAUCAUAUAUAAAACUUCAGUAUAAUCUCACUACAAUAAAUGCUUCUCUUAUUUCAAAGUAGAAA